AAUUGAAGCGUGUACUGUCUGUUCAUGAAGUGUCUGAGCACAGCUGAUAAGAGGUAACGUUAGCAGGCUGGUUGUUGGGCUCAGCAUCUCUUCGUGACGCAAAAACCUACCUGUCCAAAGCUUUGACCCGUGGAGAUGAUUUUUAUACAGUUUCUUGACUGGUAAAAGGUUAAGCUCAAACUUCCAUUGACGAGGGCAUUCGCACCUCUGAGAAUAAUGUCCCGUCGUCGUUGAAGAUGGGUGGGAGUGGAUCGAAAGCCAAAGGUGUUUGGCCCUUUGGUGGGUCAGGAGCGGCAGGGGAUGCUGCUAGUGAUGUCAGUGAACAGUCUUUGGCCCGACUACGAGGGUUAAAGAAUGCCACUCCAUUCGUCUUUACCAGGAGGAGUUCUCUGUACUAUGACGAGGAUGGAGACCUGGCCCAUGAGUUCUAUGAGGAGAUGGUGGUGACGAAGAAUGGGCGGAAGAAAGCCAAACUAAAGAGGAUUCAGAAGAACCUCAUACCUCAGGGAAUGGUGAGGUUGGACCACCCAUGCAUCCAUGUUGACUUCCCCGUUGUCCUCUGUGAGGCAUAACUCACACAGAUCUGGAACAUUCUGGAAGAUUGCACUCUCUAAAGUGUCGUACAGCAGCCACCAUCCUCUCCCCUGUCCAACCCGAGUCUCACAAACCUCCACGAAGCCUCCACUUUCACCUCACUGUUCCUCUGAGAGGACCAGACUGCCCUCUUGUGGCAGGGAGGAGCAACUACACACAAGGAGGUUUGACAGUGCUGACCUCCAUGUGGUAACAUGUAGAGGUCCUGAGUGGGCAGGGCUGAUCUAAUGGUAAACACUUUGGCCUACGGGUGGACCCGUAGGUAAAUGUUCUCUGGUGUUUGAAGAUGUACAGAAAUAAGUGCGUGUGUUUGUGACUUUUGCAUACUGAAAUAUGGACAGUGUGUGUGAAGGGGUGGAGGAAUGGCCCGCUCCCCCUAUUUGUCUGUAUGUCAGCCAGGUGCAGCAUGUCCUUGUUGAAAUAUGAUGACAGAAUUGGAGUUAUCUCUAGUAUUUCAACUGCUCUCAGACCUGCACUUGUAGUCUUGUUGUAAGUAAAGAAUUGUUCCAUAGAUAAGUGUAGCAAUGCUACUUUACUGCACAUGUCUAUGGGUUGAACAUACUUGAAUAAAAUGACUUAUUGGACAAUG